ACAGCCACCAGGCCUCCUUUUCUGGCAUCAACAUUCUGGCUUCAACCUUCCCAUCGCCCUAUCACGACACUUCAUCUCUAUCCCCACCUCGGCGAUCAUUUUCAACGCAUCUCAACACCUCCCACCCUACACAAGCUCUCGCUCACCAAAGCUUCUGUCACGCAUCGCGUCAAAAGUGCACCCUCUUCUCCGCUUACCGCCGUUUCUAGCAGGAUCGAAAACACCUCCAAACAAAUAACCAAAAAUAGGCGACGAUAUAUAAAAUGACUGAUUAUAUGGAGACUGGCCACGUCACUGAUGAUCUCAAGCCUGAGUUUGCGGAAUACGAGAAGGCUAACCGUGCUGCUAUCGAGGACCCCGAUGACUUUGAAGCCUGGGAAAAGCUUGUGCGCACCACCGAACAGCUGGAGGGAGGUUUGACUCGCAACAGUUCGCCUCAGGCUAUUGCUGCCACCAGAGGAGUUUUCGAUCGCUUUUUGGCGAGGUUCCCACUGCUCUUUGGGUACUGGAAGAAAUAUGCCGAUCUGGAGUUUAGUAUUGCGGGGACCGAGGCGGCCGAGAUGGUAUGUUGUUUCUUUGCUUUUCCGCUCAGUGCUGCGGACUAUGCUUUCCAUACACGGAUCAAAUAGGGGGGGGGAGGCUGAUGCUUGAGGGGUUUAUUUGUAGGUAUAUGAGCGUGGAGUCGCCAGCAUUACCAACUCUGUCGAUCUAUGGACAAACUAUUGCAAUUUCAAAGUCGAGACUAGCCAUGAUCCCGAUGUUAUCCGAGAGUAAGUCCUCGAUGAUUAAAAACGAUCUCCACCACAGGGGGGAUUAAUAGGAUUUGCUAUUUCCCCUUAUUGCCCCUGUUCACCGCCCCCCCCUCUUUCCCUCUUUCCAUUCUUGCACACCGAUAUGCCCGGUUGCGAACAAAGUCAGAGUCAAUUGGUGAGCUGUUGCAACCCAGCUAUAUUCUCUCGAUUUGAGAUCUCACAUAAUCUCAGAAUCACGUUUCAUGCCCCUUACCUUGCCUUUGCGUACCGAAAUAUAUAGCUCGAAGCGAUGAUUUGGUGGAUAUUAAAGAACUAAUAUUUUCCCGUAUUUACUCAUCUCUUGUUUUUGACAAAGUUUCACUCUACACCCACUGCAAAGUCGUUUACUGAUCCUUACUUUGCAGGCUGUUUGAACGUGGCGCGAAUUCGGUCGGCUUGGACUUUCUUGCUCAUCCCUUUUGGGACAAGUACAUUGAAUUCGAAGAACGAUUGGAAUGCGAGGACAAAAUAGUUGCCAUUCUGGACCGUGUCAUCCAUAUUCCUAUGCACCAGUAUGCUCGCUAUUUCGAACGUUUCCGCCAGCUAGCCCAGACCCGUCCCCUCGAGGAGUUGCUACCCUCAGACACCCUGGCCCAGUUUAGGCAGGAGGUAAUGGCAGAACCCCCCGCCGCUGUUCAGGCCGGCCAACAGCAAAUUAAGAUGGAACGUGGGGAAUUGGAAAUUGAGAGGGAGAUGAGGGUUAGGAUUGAUAAUUUCCACUUGGAAAUAUUUUCCCGAACACAGACGGAGACAACCAAGAGGUGGACCUACGAAUCCGAAAUCAAACGCCCGUACUUCCAUGUCAAUGAACUGGAUGAGCCCCAAUUGGUUAAUUGGCGGAAAUAUCUGGAUUUUGAAGAGGUGGAGGGUGAUUUCACGAGAACGCAAUUUCUCUACGAGCGUUGCCUUGUUACCGCCGCAUUCUAUGAUGAAUUCUGGUAUCGUUAUGCAAGAUGGAUGUCCGCCCAGGAUGGGAAAGAGGAAGAGAUCAGAAACAUUUACCAGAGGGCUAGCAUGGCUUUCGUACCCAUUACGUAUGUAUUGCCUGUACUUGUAUCAUCUUGCUCGCAUUGUGCUACUGUGCUGACCUCUCCCAGCCGGCCGGGUAUUCGAAUCCAAUACGCCCAUUUCGAGGAAUCCCAAGGCAGAGUCGACAUGGCAAGAGCAGUCUUGGAAUCCAUCCUUGAACAGCGUAAGAACUAGCCCCUUUUCCUACUUGGGUAUGACUAACCAUCUCUAGUACCCGGACACAUUGAGACAAUUGUAGCCUGGGCGAACCUCGAGCGCAGACAGGGCGGACUUGAUGCUGCAAUUGCUAUCUACCGAGCCCAGAUUGAAAGCAACAAAUGUGACAUCUACGCAAAGGGCGCUCUCACUGCAGAAUGGGCCCGUCUUCUGUGGAAAAUCAAGGGUAGUGUUGAUGAGGCGCGCCAAGUUUACCAGAAAAAUCAUCAUUGGUACCUUGAUAGCAGGUAUUUCUGGAUCAACUACUUACAGUUUGAGAUGGAGCAGCCAACGAGUGCCGAGGCAGAGCAGCAGAAUCACGAUAGGAUCCGCCAAGUAGUUGAUGAUAUCCGCAAGAAGAGUCAUCUUCCGCCAAUCACCAUCAAGGAUUUAACGCACUUCUACAUGGUAUAUCUGUUGGAGCGCGGCGGUAAGGAUGCUGCUAAGGAAUACAUGGUAUUAGAUCGUGAGGUCAAUGGGCAAGUCAAAUAAUUUCUCCCUUCUUAAACCCCUCCCUUGUCCCCCCCCCUCCUCUCCCCCUUCACCCAGCGCCUCACAGGACAGGUUUUAUGACUUCAAUUCGUCACUUCAUCCGCGACGAAGCCUAAUGGGCUUGCCCCAUCGGGCACCGAAUUAACUUCUAACUGAACAAAUCAUCCCUCUCCUCCCCUUCCCCCCGUGUCGGUUUGAUAUGCCCUUCUGACCUAGCAAUCCCCUGUAAACCUUAUCCCAUUUGUUGUGUUAUAAUUCCUUUCCCAGCUAGCUUGCGUUAUUUCUUCCCAUGUAUCCCUUUACACUAGUAUGCUCACCUACUCAUUUCUCCUUCCUUCCUAUCCACCCUCAUAUGUUUUCUUUGCUAAUGUUGUCGCUUUCCGUAGACCUUUUUCCGUUCAAUCCGUGAAUAAAUCGAAGUUAGCCGAGGACGGUAAAGAGUCCACGACUGACCGUCGUCUCAUGAUGGAGAAUGGCCACCCCGGUGUUGAAAUUGAUGAGGCUGCCAUCCGUAGGGGUGAAAAUCCUUAUACCAAGUACUUCCAACAACAGGGGGAACAGCCACAGACUACUCCAGCACAGGUAUGGUUUUCCCCAGAAAAAAUUUGAGUUCUCUUGAGCCAUGCUAAAGGCCUGUGUUUGUUAUUUUCUAGGUAGAUCUAACAUUCAGAGGAUAGCCCUAUUAGUCUGCAAAGCCAGAAAACAGAAAUUCGCCGUGAUUUUCCCUUUUUCCCCUUUUUCCCUUUUUAGUUUUCUUGAUCGUCCCCAUCUCACGCUUGGGGACAAACUUAAUGACCAAAACCCAAAAAUCUUUCACCUUUUCCACAAGCCUCUCCGCCACGACAAUUUGCUCUUUGUAUCCCUAGUCUUUUGUCUGUAGUUAUACUUUGUCCAGGCUCUCUUCCUUGUUUUUUUUUUUUACACUCUCCACUUAGUCAGGAGUCGGUUACGUUUGCACAGACGGGAUCCCCGCAGGGUGGUGGAAGUUAUAUUCUAGUCUGUCUGGUCUACUCGCUUGACAUAGCUUAGUCUAGUUAUAUUAUAUAUUUUCCUUCUCUCCCUGCACCCUUGCUUUUCCUAUUCUCGGUCCAAAUGAAUGAAUGAAUGAAAGCAUCUGAUCCAGGUUCAUGGUCUGUCACUCUUGUCUUGGCGGUGUGAAGCGAUAUUGUGUUGUGUGA